AUGAUCCAGUCUUUCGGAAAAAUCUCCGGCGGAAACUUUAACCCUGCGGUUUCGGUGGCUCUGGGCUGCACCAAAACAUUGGGUGGACCUGGAAUGGAGUGGGGACAGGUGAUGAUCUACUGCUUCGUUCAGAUAGUGGCUGGCAUCGCUGCGGCGCUUGCUUCCACCGUCCUGUGUGGCAAGUCUUUCCCAGUGGCCGCCACUCCCGGGUACUCGACAUUGUCAGCCGGUGUCUGCGAGUACUUCUACACGUUCAUGCUCACUUUCGUGGUGCUGAAUGUCGCUGCUGCCAAGAAAAACGACGAGGAGAAGGGUCAGUAUUAUGGCUUGGCCAUUGGCUUCACCGUCAUCGCUGGUGCAUACGGAGGAGGCCAUGAUGUUGCAAGUCUUGGGGAUCACAAGCUCUCCUGCAGACAAGCCUGA